GAAAGUAAGGAGAAGAAGAAGGUGAAGCAGCAUUGUCACAAAAUUGUUUGUUUACAACUGUUUUGCAUGCUUUUUUCGCAUAUUUUUGGCGGUUUUUUAUACGCAAGUAGUUGGUAAAAGGUGCAUCCUGGCCACUUCCUGCCCCACAACGUGUGUGCGUUGUCUGUGGAACAUGAGAUUGGCGGUGAAAGUUUUUCCGGAUCUGUACGGCCGAUAUCUAACGCAGUGAAUUUGCAAAUUUAGUCUCCCUAAAUGGGGGCUUGUAUGACUGUGGAGCGUGAUAAGAUCACCGCGAGGCGUCGUAGCGAGGAGAUCGACAAGCAACUUGAUGAACUCGCCAAGGAGCACCCGCGUAUCCUGAAGAUUCUCCUUUUGGGCGCCGGUGAGAGUGGGAAGAGUACGUUGGUGAAGCAGAUGAAGAUCAUCCACUCGGAGGGCUUUACAGCGGCCGAAUUGAGCGCCUUCCGGCCGACUGUGCUGGAUAAUUUGCUGUCAAGCAUGAAGUACGUCUUGAGUGGCAUGGGGCUGCUUCGGAUCAAUCUGGAACAUGCCUCCAAUAAGAUUUAUGCGGAAAUUGUACUCGCGAGCCCAAGUUGCUUCGAUAUGGAAUUCAAAAUUAUCGAAAAGGUGCGAAUGGCAUUGAGGAUUCUCUGGAAGGAUCGUGGGGUGCGCCUGGCUGUUGCACGUGGCUAUGAUUACGAACUAAAUGACUCAGCUCUCUAUUUAUUCGAUAAUAUGGAUAGAAUUUGUGCCGACAGCUACAUCCCAUCGCCCACGGAUGUCCUGAGGGCACGUGUACGGACAAAUGGGAUCAUUGAGACGAAUUUCCGCAUAAAUGACAACAUUAUUAGCAUGUAUGAUGUUGGGGGGCAGAGAUCACAGCGCCGGAAGUGGGUUUACUGCUUCGAAGAUGUUCGUGCGGUGCUCUUUGUGGUGGCACUCAGUGGCUUUGAUAUGACCCUCCUGGAGGACAACACAGUCAAUCGACUGGAGGAGAGUCUCAAUCUCUUUGAGCAAAUUGUCAACAAUCGCUGGUUCAAGGAGGCCUCAUUUGUGCUCUUCCUCAACAAAUUGGACCUAUUUCGGGAUAAAAUUAUGUCCUCCGGACGCCAUUUGAGGCUCUUCUUUCCCGACUACAAGGGACCCGAUCGGAAUAUCGAUGAGGCAGCAUUGUUCAUUCAGAAAAAGUUCCUCCAGCGCAAUCACAAUGAUCGCAAAGUUAUCUGCCCACACUUCACCACCGCCACCGAUACUGCCAACGUUCAAACUGUCUUCCAAGUUGUAAUGGAGACAGUUAUAAAGGAGAAUUUGGGCAAUGUGACACUCCUAUGAAGUGCCCCUUUGCCUAUAUUAUGUAUACAUUGCAGACAUUCCGUGCCAAAAUCCGGAACAUGCAAUUUGGAUGAUACAUUAUACCGAAAAUUCUCAAUUUUGCCUCAAAAAAUCUCUUUGAGAUUAAAUUGAUUUUUUUUUUACAAUUUAUUUUACAAAAAUCUUUUUCAGUAGUUUGUAGAUUUUUUUUCUAAAUAUUAAAAGUAGAUUAUAGUUGAGAGAUCUCUCUAGUCUAGAGAAAAUAAAAUUUUUGGCGGUAGAGGGUGGUCGGGAAAUUAGUGCGUGAAUUAAACAGCUAAUAACUUUUGAUUUCUUAAUUUUUAUUAUAUUUUUUUGUGUAAAUUUCCUUAAGAAAUUCUCAUUUUUUUAAAGCAAAAAUUUAAGAUUUCUCAAGAUAUUUUUUUUUAAUUUCCUUAAGGAUUUCUUAAGCGACAGUUACGAUUUCCUAAUUUUAUUUGCUUCUUGUUUCUUCUACGCAUGAAACAUUUACGCUAAUGUUUCGUUAGUACAGUAAGGUGAAACGUUGAAGCAAUUAAAAUUAUGAAAAUUAACGGUCAGCUUGAAGCCAAUAGAGGACAUUUUUUUUCUUUUUAUUUUUCAAUCAAACUGAAUUUGAAUCUCGAAUUAUUUAUUGCAGAAAUAAACCACCAAUUAGUUUUAUUUUCUCUGGACUUUAUUAUAUUUUUUCUUAAAAUAUUUUUUUUCCAUCGAAAACAUUGUGAUUAAUGCAAUUUUUUUUAAAAUUUAAUAAAUAGAUGAUAUUUUUUUUUAAAUAAAAA